GCCCCGGCGGUCCCGGCACGGAAAACUACACUACCCAGAAUGCACCGCGCAGCGGCCGCCCGCGGCCCAGGCGCUGGCUCACUUGAUCCCAUUGCCGGCGGCGGCGGUCACAUGACCCGCGUCCCGUCAAGAUGGCGGACAACCUCCCUUCGGAGUUCGAUGUGAUCGUAAUCGGGACGGGUUUGCCUGAGUCCAUCGUUGCAGCUGCAUGUUCAAGAAGUGGCCAGAGAGUUCUGCAUGUUGAUUCACGAAGCUACUAUGGAGGAAACUGGGCAAGUUUUAGCUUUUCAGGACUGCUUUCCUGGCUAAAGGAAUACCAGGAAAACAAUGACACUGGAAAUGAAAGUCUAGCAUGGCAAGAACAGAUCCUUGAAAAUGAAGACAUUAUAACUCUCAGCAGGCAGGACAAAACCAUUCAACAUGUGGAAGUAUUUUGUUAUGCCAGUCAGGAUUUAAAUGAAGAUGUUGAAGAAGUUGGUGCACUGCAGAAAAAUCACAGUUCUGUGAUAUCAGCAAGUUCCACAGAAGCUGCAGAUUCUGCCUGCUUGCCUAGAGAUGAUGAGUCAUCAAGCACUGCAAGCUGUGAAAUGCCCACAGAACCAACUCUAAGCCUUGAUCCAGGGAGUAUCCUCAAAGAAAAUGAUGUUCAAGUUCCAGAGGAGAAAGAUCAUUGUGAUGAUAAAACUUGUGUUUCAUCAACUUCAGAAGAGGAUACAAGCCAAACUAUGCCUGUAGCAGAAGAUGCCACAGAGCAACCAAAGAGAAACAGAAUUACUUAUUCACAAAUUAUUAAAGAAGGCAGAAGAUUUAAUAUUGAUUUGGUAUCAAAGGCUUUGUAUUCUCGGGGUUUGCUAAUUGAUCUUCUAAUCAAAUCUAAUGUCAGUCGAUAUGCAGAGUUCAAAAAUAUCACCAGGAUACUUGCAUUUCGAGAAGGAAGAGUGGAACAGGUUCCUUGUUCCCGAGCAGAUGUCUUUAACAGCAAACAACUGUCUAUGGUAGAAAAGCGCAUGUUAAUGAAGUUUCUUACAUUUUGUAUGGAGUAUGAGGAACAUCCCGAUGAAUAUCAAGCCUAUGAGAAGAUGACAUUUUCUGAAUAUUUAAAAACUCAAAACUUAACCCCCAAUCUCCAAUAUUUUGUCCUGCAUUCCAUUGCAAUGGCAUCAGAAACAGGCAGCAGUACCAUAGAUGGUCUCAAAGCUACCAAAAACUUCCUUCAGUGUCUUGGACGUUAUGGCAAUACUCCAUUCUUGUUUCCUUUAUAUGGCCAAGGAGAACUCCCUCAGUGUUUCUGCAGGAUGUGUGCUGUGUUUGGUGGAAUCUAUUGUCUUCGCCAUUCUGUUCAGUGCCUUGUUGUGGACAGAGAAUCAAGAAAAUGUAAAGCAAUCAUAGAUCAGUGUGGUCAGAGAAUAAUUUCUAAGCAUUUCCUUGUGGAAGACAGUUACUUUUCUGAGAACACAUGCUCACAUGUGCAAUACAGGCAGAUCUCCAGGGCAAUCCUGAUUACAGAUAGAUCUGUACUUAAAGCAGAUUCUGAUCAACAGAUUUCCAUUUUGACAGUACCAUCAGAGGAACCAGGAGCUUCUGCUGUUCGGAUCAUUGAGUUAUGUUCUUCAACAAUGACAUGCAUGAAAGGCACUUAUUUGGUCCAUUUGACCUGUGUGUCUUCGAAAACAGCAAGAGAAGAUUUAGAACCAGUUGUUCAGAAGUUAUUUGCUCCAUAUGCUGAAGUAGAAAUAGAAAAUGAAGAAGUAGAAAAACCAAGACUUCUGUGGGCUGUUUACUUUAAUAUGAGAGAUUCUUCAGACGUUAGCAGGAACUCCUACAAUGAUUUACCACCCAAUGUUUAUGUCUGCUCUGGCCCCGACUGUGGUUUAGGAAAUGAUCCUGCAGUCAAGCAGGCUGAAACAAUAUUCCAGCAAAUCUGCCCUAAUGAAGACUUCUGUCCACCCCCUCCAAAUCCUGAAGACAUUAUCCUUGAUGGAGAUAGUUUUCAGCCAGAAACUUCAGAAGCCAUACCAGACACCAACUCAAAGACUCCCAAGGAAAGUGUACAACUAGGAAACCCAGAAGAGUCCUCUGAAUAAUGCUUGCCAAACUGGAUACCCCAUUUUGAGCACUCACUCUUAGAAUCUUCUGAGAAAUGGAAGAACUAUGAAAAAUAUUAAAAAUGUCAGUUAGUUGACAUGCAGAAUUUCCAAGGAAAGAAGUUAUAGAAGUCCAAAAGGAUUUUCAUUGAAGAGGACAUUUUAAGAACACAAAUUACUUAUAAAGGACAUUGACUUGCUUUAAGAUACCAAACUUUUGUAAUUAUCAUACAAUAAUCACAGAUGGAUUGAGUCCCAUUAAGACUGAUAGUAAUAAAGCUAUGGAUAAGAAAAUAAUUCUGUGCAUUAAUAAUUCUGUUGUUUUAGAAUAACUUUUGCUUACCACUUUGUUCUUUGAGAGUCAUAUCUUCAAAAUUGGCCUACAUAUUUGCUUUGAUUUUUUGAAUUAUAUUUUCUUUAUGGGUAUGAGUAACAUGAUACAAAUUAUAAAAGCAUACAUAAAUGUAGCUGAGAAAACCAAAGUUUCACUGUAUAGGCAGAGCCUAUGUUUAUAAUAGUCUUUUUUUCUAUUGAAAAUUGUUUUGCAUUUUUAGAAGUAAAUUAUUAAUUCAUUACCUAUUUUUUAGUUUUAGUGAUAUUUGUGUAUAGAUUAUUUAUAUACAGGAAAGCUUAAUAAUGAAAUGAAAAAAAUGAGUGGAGAAAUUGGAUAGGUUGAUCAGUAUUUGGAAAUUCUAUAAAGUCAAAUAACUGAAGCACAAGCCUAACUGUCUAUGGAAAGUAUUCAUCCUGUACUACUGAUGAUUUUAGGCAAAUUAAAUAGUGCUGGGCUAUAAUUUAUCCACAUGUAAGGUAGAAAUAGUAAUAUUCUUCCUACUGUAUAGAAUUAUUUUGAAUAUAACUGCAAUGUCAUUGUAAAAAUAGUUUUUCUAAAAGUUAUUUAAGAAUUUCCCACAGACCUUGAAUGAAUAUUAAUAUGCAGAAAUAAUUGCUGAAUAGAUCACUCAUUUCAUUAAGCAUUGUUUAGUGAGUCCAAACCUAGCAGGGCUCAGGAGCUACUCCUGCCUCUGUGCUCAUCAGUCAUUCCUUGAGGUGCUCAGCGGACCUUAUGCAGUGCUGGGAUUGAAAUAAGUGUUGCCUAAACACAAGGCCUUAACACCUUUACUAUCUCUCUGUCCCUGCACUCAGAUUUUAAAAUUAAAAGUCCCAUUCAGAUUUUAAAAUUCAAUCUAUUAAAUCUAAUCUAGAGUUUUAUAGUCUUAGAGACCAAUACACAUAGUAACAUGGAAUUAUAGUCUUUGAAUCUUAAUAGGAAAACCCUUUAUAAAUUUUCUUAUAUUUUUUCGGGUAGGUAAACCUAAAACUUCCAAGGAAUCUGAAUAAGAUAUGGAAAUUGAUAAGCUGUUAUUUAAGGAUUUAGCCAAACAUCUUGGGGCUUCAAAUAGGCAUUAAAUCUAGUUCUGGUGAUGGUGUACGUGUUAAUUUUUCCCAAAUGCUAAGCUCUGAGAGCUGGAGAUAUGGCUCAGUUAUAGGGCAAUUAAUUGCCUUGCAUAUGAAAGGACUUGGGUUUGAUCCCUGUCAUUGAAAAAGUAAAGCUGAGGCCAGAGUGAUAGCACAGCGGGGGGUGGGGGUGUUUGCCUUGCAUGCCGCUGACCUGGGUUCUAUCCCUGGCAUGCCACAUGGUUCCCUGAGCACCGCCAGGAGUGAUUCCUGAAUGCAGAGCCAGAAGUACUCCUGAGCAUUGCUGGGUGUGACCAAAAAAUAAAGUUUAAAAAAAUAUAAAAAAGAGAAAAAGCUAAGCUCUGAGGGUUUCUUUCUUUUUGAACAUUCACUUACACUUGUUUAGAGAAAUAAAUAGAUUAGAAGUUUGUCUUGUAGUGUAGCCUGUAUUGUUUUCUAUUGUAACAUGGCUACAAUAGAAAGAAUAGUAAGAACAGUUCUUCCUCAAUAUUUUACUGCAGUUGGACUUUGAUAUCUUAAAAGAAACUGGCUGGCUGUAUCAGGUCAAUGACUCAUCGAAGAUAGAAAGAACCAAGUAAAUUUGCCAUUCCCUCGCCUUCACAGCUCCCUAUAGAUAAAUCAGACACCAGACAAAAAGAAAACAUUUCCAGCUUCUGAGACCGAUCCUACUGAGCCCAUUGUAGGACUCCUGUAGUUCUUACCCCCCUUCUCUUUGUUCCCCUUUUGUAAGAUACAAACCAGGUCUAGAAUCAUAUUAUAAUCCACUUUGUUAUUUUGAUUCAAGUUUUUCUUAAGUCAAAUCAUAUUUUUUAAAACCCAAUUUGGGUUUUAACAUACCUAAUGAGCACCGGGAUUUGGUUCAGCCUCUCAAUACCAGCAAUAAAAAACUCUCCACUCAUAUGAGUUUUGACGAACUGCAAUUGCAGUAAGUUGCACCAACUGUAUCUAAGACUAUUCAAAAAUAUGGUAUUUCGGUAUAUGGUAUUUUGGUGUAGUAUUACUUAUAGUUAAGGCCACCUGAAUGCGGCAUUCAUGUUUACCUAACUGCCAACCAAAGUAGUCCUAGAAAAAAGAAAAUCUGUAGCUAUCCACUAUAAUAUUGAACAAACUGGGAGGUACUCAGUAGUACUAUGACUGAUCCCAUAUUCUACCCAAUUUUUAUCCACUAUCCACCAUAAGAGUCUCCCUUACAAGUUAUGCAUUAAAUACUGCUGCAAUGUUUAGAACUUCGUGCAUAUGAUUAGCGAUGACUAAAAUAUCACACAGCUUGUUAAACUCGUGUUAAAGAACUUUAGAUCUCUCUUGUUGUCUUAGGAUGUAAUUGAAAUUAUUCUAAAAGUUUUUUAGCUAGCUUAAUUAUUACAAAUAAGUAUUUUUUCAUAGUGUCGUGUCAAAAAGUAGCAACUUGGUUUUGUUGUAAAACUGUAAGCCUGAAGUUGUAUACCUAAAGCAGAUUUUACUGAUUAAAAUUUUUUCAGGGGAGGGGGCUUUUGGGGGCCACACCCAGCAGUGCUAAACAUUCUUAUACUUGCCUCCCUGCUCAGAAAUGACCCCAGCUAUGCUUGGGAGACCAUAUGCGAUGCCAGGGAUCAAACUGGAGUAGGUUGCAUGCAAGGCAAGUGCCUUAUCUCCUGUAUUAUCUUUUACAGUACUUUAAAAUUUGAAUGUUGUUAUCAGUGAACUUUGUUUUGUCGUAAAAUGUUUAGUUAUGCAUGGUUCUUGUGAACUAAGUUAUAAUAUUGCUCAGUAAUCAAUAUGAAAACCAGUUACUAACCCUCUACCACUACUACCCUGAUUCUCAUUGGUAUGGCUUCCCAGAAUACCAUAUCUACAGACAUUUAAUUUAUAUUUUUUCCUAGGAAUAUUUAAGUUUGCCCCAUAUCAUAUGAUACUUAGUAGUCUAUCUUAAAAAAUGGCUAUUAAUCUGUUGUAGCCAUUGUCCUCAAGAAGACAGCCCUUGUCUAAAGCCCUAAAGAUUUUUUUAAUGUAAUUCAAUUGCUACAUAGAAAUGAUAUUUUAAAGCAGGGAUUAAACAAUUUUCUUAUAAAUAAGUUAUUUACUGAUGUUGGCAAUGGAUAAUUUUUCUCACAAGGUUAAUUUUGUUAUAUCUUAAAAAGCAUGAAUACAUGAUACUCGUAAUUUGUAUACUGUUACAUUAAGUUUUCAGGUAUAAUAAAUAAGUUUUUCCAAUGCCUUUUA